AUGCCUCUCCUUACCGACAUGAUGACUAUUCAACGCAAAAUGGAAACUAUUAUCAUAACAAAGGUCAAUUUAACGGCCCUGGCAAUCAUCACCCUCAAUCUCCGUAUGGCGGGCCUGCUCACCGGGGUGGACACUCUGGUGGCGGCCAUCGAGGAAACUUUUCAAACCAGGGUCCCGAUCGGCGAUUUUCUGGCUCUGGUUCUCAUCCAUAUCACAAUGGACCCUCACAACGCGGCGCGAAGGGGCAUUUCAACAACUUGCAAUGGACUGCAUCGGGAUCAAGAGGCCGUGGGGGACAACAUAGCCCUCACCCGGUACACAGUCAUGGCUCACAAACACCCAACCGACCACCGUCACACCAUGACCCGCAAACCAGACACAACCCCAAUCCGCUGGCGGGAAUCCCCAGUCUAUGCCACCCCUGCCCAUGAAUACGCUGAAACGACGCCGGCCAACAAGGGCGGGAAAUUCAGCUUUGCUUUCAAGCCAAAAGCUGCAGCUUCUCCCGCUCCAAAGCCAGUACCUGACCUUGCCCAGAGGAUGCAGGUCCACAAGCCGGCCCCCCGUGCACCCGAACCUCCACAACAACCUCGUAAUCGGUUUACCAACGGUCCAUUGCCUAAAUUCAAACCGGAGCCAAGAGGUGAUCGCCGUGACCGGGACCGUGGACGGAAUCGAGACCGCAGGGAUUUCCGGGAGCCACGAGAAUUUCGUGAUCCACGGGAUCGCAGAGAUAAUCGUCGAUUCGAUCAACGUCAUGAUCGACGACAAGGAGAACGGCCCCCAGACAGGCCCUUGGACUGGCAAGAUCGCCGCCGUGAUCCCUCUCCAGAACCGCCAAGAGGGGCACCCAAGCAAAAGCGGAUUCUUACUCGCCCCAAACCACGCCCCACGCUUCCCGAGGAGUUCGCUAAUGCUGACUCUGUGUACUACCGAAAGCCGGGCAAUGAGUCUGUGAUUGGCGCUGGUACGUAUGGAAAAGUGUUUAAAGGAAUCCACGUCUAUACCCAGCGUAAAGUUGCACUCAAGAAGAUCCGAAUGGAGGGCGAGAAGGAUGGCUUCCCUGUCACGGCUGUCCGAGAGAUCAAGCUGCUUCAGCAUCUCCGAAACCAUAAUGUCGUCAGCCUCCUGGAGGUCAUGGUUGAAAAGAACGAAUGUUUCAUGGUCUUCGAAUACCUCUCUCACGAUCUGACCGGUCUGAUCAACCAUCCCACUUUCUCUCUCACUCUCUCACACAAGAAGGACCUGGCGAAGCAAAUGUUUGAAGGUCUCAAUUACCUUCAUCAUCGGGGGGUUCUACAUCGUGACAUCAAAGCAGCCAACAUAUUGAUCAGCAAUCGUGGAUUGUUAAAGUUUGCCGACUUUGGCCUCGCCCGGUUCUUCUCCAAAAGUCGUCAACUUGACUACACCAACCGGGUCAUCACCAUCUGGUACCGACCACCGGAACUUCUCUUGGGUGAAACCCGAUAUGGUCCUGCUGUCGACGUGUGGAGCGCUGCAUGUGUUUGCAUGGAGAUGUUCACCAAAAAGGCUGUUUUCCCCGGUGAAGGUGGAGAAUUGAGCCAGAUGGACAAGAUCUACAAUGCUUUGGGUACUCCCACGAAGACUGAGUGGCCGGACCUUGUGGAGAUGCCCUGGUUCCACCUGAUGCGGCCAACGGAACGAAGGAAGCGCGUUUUCGAGGAUGUGUACCGUGAUGUGCUGACAACCGGUGCGAUGGAUCUUAUCUCGUCGAUCUUCCGCUACGACCCUUCACAGCGACCGAGCGCUGAGGAUGUUCUUAAACAUCCAUACUUCGUCUCGGAGGAACCAGCUCCUCACCCGCCGAUUGAAUUGGAGCACGUUGAAGGGGACUGGCACGAGUUCGAAUCCAAGGCGCUCCGCAAGGAAGCUCGGCGUGUGGAGUACCAGAACCAAAAGGACAAGCGCAAGGCGGACGCAUCGGUGCCCAGUAGCGAUCGGGAUUCCAAGCGCACCAAGCAAGAUUCAAGUGAUCGUGUCUCUGCUCAGUGA